GGCGGCUGCCAGGACCUGAGCCGCGUUCAGUCUGUUGCUGAUGAGGUUACAAAGGUCAAACGUUCCAUUUCGCGGGAGUUCCACGCGGGUGUUGAGCCGGCCAUGAACGCGCCAGCGACGUUCGAGGCGUUUCUACUUCUCGACGGAGAGAAAAAGAUCACCCAUGCCAAAGACACGAAGGUGCCCAAUGCCGCCAUCUUCACGGUGAACAAGGAAGACCACACGCUGGGAAACAUCCUCAUGCAACAGCUACUGAGGGACCCACAGGUGCUGUUUGCAGGCUACAAAGUGCCGCAUCCUCUGGAGCACAAGUUUGUUUUGCGAGUGCAGACGACCCCAGACUACAGUCCACAGGAGGCCCUCUCCAAUGCCAUCACAGACCUCAUCAGUGAGACCUCCUCCCUGGAGGCCAGGUUCAGGGAGAGCCUGAGGGAGAGGAGAGAUGCUGUCAAUGACUGAGAACUUUUCCUAUAUAGCACUCCUUACUCUCUCACUCCACUGAUUCUCUGUUUAUUAUUGUCAUUCAAAAGCAAUUAGCUAUAAGGAAAAACUAAGUGCUUGAAUGUACAAUGAAACAAUAUUAGCAGAGUGCUUUUCUGCUUGAGAAGACUGUGGAGGAAAUUGUUUUCUUGUAAUUAACCUGAUUCACACUGAUUUGACACACGAAAUAAUUGAUGGCCUACGUUUUGACUGGGGAAACAUUGUUGUCUUGUAAUUUCAUUCCCAGUGGUUCUUUGGUGAGGAGAAAGGAAGCCAGAAUCUGAAUGAUGUAUAAAAACACCCAAACCACGGAGAACAGCCAUGGUCUCUGGCGGAACAGCUCCGUUGAGUAGCCACCAACGAAGGGAGUGAAUAUGUUCACAAACGCUCCAACGUUGUUGAAGAGAUUGAGAGCCAGAGCUCUGAAUGUGGUCGGAUAGCUCUCUGAGCUGUACGUCAUUACAAGAGCUGAGAGAGGGAUCAUGCUGAAGUAGAUCAUGAUGGUGAAGACUGGUGUGGCAGCUUCAUUCUGGUAGACGCCAAACAGUAAUAGGAACACGGCAGUAAGAGCAGUGUAGAGCCUGAGGGAGUUGAGUCUCCCUACUCCUCGCCACUCGACAAUGAUCAGCAUUAGGAGGAUUCCUGGGAUCUGGCCCAGAUAUCCCAUGAAGGCUAUGAAAUAGUUGUUGGAUGUAAUGUCGCGGAUAAGGCUGGGCAGAAAGAGAGACACCCCCCAAAACGUUCCGGCGUUAGUGGCGUUAAUGAUCAGGAGGGCUAUAGUGGUCCGCAGGUAGAAUGGCUUGAAGAUGUGGAGGAAACUGUGCAGAGUUUGGACCCAAUUUUGUUUGCCUGUCUGGAGAGGUACUGUCUCUACCAGCUCACUGAACUCUAGUUCUUGGGGAAGAUACUCGUCCAAGUUCUUUCCAUUCCAGCGAGCCAUUUGAGCAAACACUUUCCUGGCAGCAGUGUACCUCCCCUUACUGAGCAGAAAUCGUGGAGACUCCACGUAAAAGAUUAGUCUGUAGAUGACAGUGACGAAGGCAGGGACUGAGGUGGCUGCAGUGAGGUAGCGCCAGCCAAACCUCUGAUAGUUGGGGAUGAGCCACCAGGCA